UACCCCAUCGACGACUACCUGAGCAAGGGCGAGUUCUCCAAGCUGCUCAAGGAGAUGGCCCAGCCCUUCCUGCACAACACCAAGCCGCCCAAGGCGAGCACCGACGAGUACAUCGCCCAGCUCUUCGCCAAGGCCGACGGCAACCGCGACGGGCGCCUCAAGUUCACCGAGUUCCUCACCACGCUCUGCCUGGUGGCCAUCGACGCCCACAACAGGUCCCACCAGGGCCCUGGUGGGGACCAUGGGCAUGACCAUGGGCAUGAUCAUGGGCAUGAUCAUGGGCAUGACCACGGGCAUGACCACGGGCACGACCACGGGCACGACCACGGCCGCCGUCCCCGCAACUGA